CCUACCUAUUCACAUCACAUACCUACAACUUACAACUUUAAGUGGUGAUCAACCUACAACAUUAUUAAUUCUAUGACAUCGAUAGAAUUAAAAAGGUGAUAUCGCAUCAUCAUCCUCAUCCUCACUAUCACUAUUCUACCUUAUUAUCCCGUCUCAAGCGGCUGGAUUUCCUAUACUUUAACAUUUCUUCCCUCACAAUUUGUCUACUCAAUGCCAUAUGCUGGCAUAUUAAAAGCACAAAUUACCUUCCCAUUCUUACCUUAAACCCGACCAAUGACGAUAACGAGCCAUGCCUAAAGGUUUGGGCGCCUCCCGCUGGGCGACAGCGCCAGAUACCAUAGAUACGUAUCGUGUGUCAAAGCCUCGUCACAGGCGCAGGUCUUACCCAACACUUCCCAUAUCGAGCCCACCGACACCCACUCCUUUGGAAGAACCAAUACCUCUAAGGAAGCGCUCUCGUCGACGGCGGCGACGUGCAGCAUCUAGAGAAGCUGAAGCUGUCCAAUCAGCCAGCUUACCGUCCCAACAUUCAUCCGAAUCAACACCAAUUCAAACACUGAAACGCACACCGAAUCAUCGAGCAUCCCCCCAAACUGAGCUUUCGCGAUUCCUCAAGAUCGUUACGCGUCUCAAUUGGAAACUGCCUUUCCUUAAGCAGGGUUACAGCCUAGCCAAAGACACCAAUGGCAAGACACAGCAACAAAAGGAGGCAUGUGAGAUUCAAUUCAAAUUAGACUUUCAUGAAUUUUACAUGCUUCUGGAGCGAGCUAUUGUUCAUCUGAUGGGUGUGUAUGGCAUUGCGGUGGACGGACAACAAAGAAUGGAUGGCCGCCACCGAUACCAUGCAAACGUACUAGCGACGUUGGAGGAUGCCAACAACCCCCUGAGCGGUGUGUUUGGUACACCUGAAGUAAGUGGGCAGCUUGCCACAGCAAAAGAACUUCGAAAUCGGUGGAAAGAUGCCGACGAAUAUGAUGGCAAGAUAAGACCAGUACCUCUCAGCUCAUAUAACCUCGAGACGAUCGUGCAAACGAUUCUAGGUGCCAUUGAUCAAGCCCACGGUCUUGCUAGUGAGUAUGUUAGUAAGGGAGGAGAAGAGAUGCAAGAUGCAGAGGGAGAGGGCGAUGCCAGUGGGCGAGAAGACUGGGACUUUAUGGUGGAUGCGAUGGACUGGGAGGCAGUCUGAGUCUGAGUCUGAGUCGGGUAUGAUACGGCAUCGACUGGUUUUUCCUUUUCUCUCUAAGGUUUUAUGAUUCGGCAGUAUUGUUAUGGUUUACGAUACACCAGGGCGUUGAAGGCUACGGAACUGAUACCCGGACAUGUAGGAUAGGACUGUUCUGCACUUUUCAUUUCGCCUCUGUUUGGAGGGUUUGCUAGAUUGAUACCUACAUGGGAACCUAGGUAUGCAUGCACAACGUACAUAGUAAUAACUAACUAAAUUCAUUCAUUGAAUUCACAAAA